CCGCUCUGGUGGAAGCUGCGGGGCGGCGGCGGCAGCGGCAGCGAGAGGGGCGAUGGAGUCGCGGCUGGCCGGGUUGGCCCUUUGGGUGGCAGCAGCGCUUGUGACGGGUAUUUCUGCUAAUGAAUUCAGCAUAUUAAGAUCUCCUGAAUCUGUUGCAUUCCGUGAAGGAAGUUGGCCGAUACCUGGGGAGCGAAUUCCAGAUGUAGCAGCAUUAGCCAUGGGCUUCUCUAUUGAGGAAGAUCUGCCUUGGCCUGGAUUAGCAGUAGGCGAUCCCUUUCGGCGUCCUCGAGCUACAGUUCUAGUCACAGUGACAGGGAUAGACAAGCUAACGCUGCCCAAAAAUGGCAUAUCUUACCCAGUUGAGAAUGCAAUUCCUUUCAGCCUGGAUGGUGUUGCAAAUGCAAUUCAUACCUUGUUUUCAGAAGAAACUCCUGUAGUCGUACAGCUAGCUCCCAGUGAAGAGAGAGUGUAUAUGGUUGGAAAGGCAAAUUCUGUAUUUGAAGAUCUUUCUGUCACCCUGCGUCAGCUUCGGAAUAGACUGUUCCAGGAGAAUUCUGUUCUUGCUUCUCUUCCCCUCAACUCACUAAGCAGAAACAAUGAGGUUGACCUGCUCUUCCUGUCAGAAUUGCAAGUUUUGCAUGAUAUCACAAGCUUGCUAUCCAGGCACAAACAUCUGGCUAAGGAUCAUUCACCAGAUCUGUAUUCCCUGGAGCUUUCUGGGUUGGAAGAAAUUGGUAAACGGUAUGGAGAAGAUUCACAGCAGUUCAAGGAUGCUUCUCAAAUUCUUGCAGACUCCCUACAAAAGUUUGCAGAUGAGAUGUACAACCUCUAUGGUGGGAAUGCAGUAGUAGAGGUGGUGACCGUGAAGACAUUUGACACUCCCUUUGUGAGGAAAUCACGAUCCAUUCUGCAGGCUUCCCAGAGCAAGCCUGAAAAUCCAUACAACCUGGGAUAUCCAUACAACUUCAACUAUGCUGUUGUUUUCAACAUAAUUUUCUGGAUCAUGAUAGCCCUUGCUGUAGCUGUGAUUGUCAUCUCCUAUAAUCUCUGGAAUAUGGAUCCAGGUUAUGACAGCAUCAUUUAUAGAAUGACCAACCAGAAGAUUAGGAUGGAUUAAGUUUCAGAGGCAAGCCUGAGAGGAAUUGGGCUGCUUGCAUUGCUUUGGCAUGGUUCCCUGUGGACUUUUCCGUGCAACUAUCUCUGUGAAGUAUCCCCUUGUGUUUUCAUUGAGGAUGUAUUUAAAAGGUUAACAGUGGGCAUAGUCAGACUUUGCGGAGCUGAAACUGCACACUGCUAUGAAAUCUUCAGCUAAUUCUUAUUUGCCGUAUGUGUAAAUGAUUUCAUUUUAUGGCUGUGCAAUAUGCACUGAGUUCUAGAGAUGCUCCUCUGUAUUGUGUGACUAAAUGUGUGAAACAAAUGCACUGAAAAUAUGCUAGGAAGUUGCUUUAUUUUAAAUUCUUUACUCUGAAUGUUGUUUUGGGAUAAGAUUAUGAAGUUCACAUUUUGAUGAUGUAAAUAUUUUAUUUUGCUGUUUAUAGUGAAUUAGUCCAUUUUAUGCUGAACUUCAGUCUAAAAGCUGCUUGAACCAGAGCUGUUCUGUUAAAAUUGUGUGUGUAUACUUGGCAGCCAUCAAACAUUUAUUUGGCAUUGAUGUUUUUCUUAAAAAACCAUGCCACUGUAGCAGCAAGCAGUAGAAAUUGAAAUAGUGAAAGAUCCUGUAGUUAAAUGUCACAGGAUUGUUUCAAUAUUGCUUUUGACUUUAUCAAUAUCUGGCUCUUUUCAAGGUUCCUCCUUUACAAUAUGUUGUGAACCAGUUGUUAAAUGGCCCAUGGUACUUGCUAAUCUCCGGCAAGUUUGGUGCCCUUGUAAGUCGCUAAGAUCAGCUCUCAGCCCUUGUUGCAGCAGCAAGUAAAUGUAUCCUGACGCAUGCUGAAAGUUGUUUCUUUCAAGUGGUUGUUGUAUACUCAAGUGGCAUACAUGUUUCCUACAUUGAAGAUUAUGUGAAUAGAUUUCAAAUUUAAAAAAUUAAAAACAGACCAGAAAUUGUAAAAAUUAGAAGGUGUAAUAGGCUCCAGCAAUGCUUUAUGCAUCAAGCUAGAGAUGUUAUGUUGGGAGGUUCUUUAGCUUCAUUCUCCGUUACCACAAUACUGAUCACUAGCCAAUGUGGCAUGAACAUCAUCCCUACCUGGUUGUAUGUUGGUACACGAUGCAUGUCUAGCAGUAUAAAUGGCAGAGGUAGACUCUCCAGUAUGAAUAACUAGAAUAGCUGCAGUAUGAAUAACUUGAACUUUAAUCUCCAGUACGAACAGCAUUACGGGCACUUCCUACUCUCUAGAUUUUUUGGUUUAAAGUUCUCAUAAUCUUUGAACAUUGACCAUGCUUCUUGCGCUUUAGAGGAGCUGUAAGUCAAAAACCUCUGGGAGAACACCCAGUUUAUUUAACACUGCUGUAUAAAUAGCUCAUUAUAUUUAACAGUUGGUCCAUUGAGAAGUUCAUAAAUUUAACAUAACUCAUGGGAGGCUGUGCACUUCUUUGUGAUUUGUCCUAGUUCAUAUUAGGUGGUUUCCUGCAGUAGCAUGUAAACUACACUUUCACCAUUUUAUAAAUAAACAUCUUUGGCUGUACCCUAGAUUGAAUCUGCAACAGGAGCCACUGUGCUGCAAGUAAAUACCACUUCAGUUAAAGUUUGAGUGGGUGAUUUGCAGUGAAUGUCAACUAGUUCUUUGCAUUGCUUUUCCACCUUUUGUGUUUUCUGCAUAGAGUUGCUAGAUGAAAACUUCAUUUCUAAUAUGAAGACUAAGGAACUUCAGUCAAAAGGAAAUGAAUUCUUCACAGUGGUUAUUGAAUGUAUAGGGAUCUGUAGGAAACCUGAAAACCGGUAGAUCAACAAUUUGUUCCUUACAAUCCUAAAAUGAGGGUGCAACUAUCCCAAACAAGAACUGAACUGCAAUGUAGUAACAGGCUACAGGCAGGAUCCAGUCUAGAGUUAGGCCUAAGCCCCUUGAUUUCAAUUAAUUGUGUACCAUUGGUCUGUGAGGCUUUGUGAUAGUGUAACCGGAAUCCAUAGAAUAGGUUCUAAUAAUUCAAAUACUGUGACAACAUAAGGUUUUCAACUGGCCCUGAGUCAGAUGAUCUCUCUUAAGACCCAGUUAGAAAUUACUACUAAUACAUUCCAUUAAUUUCUAUUGAUCCUGAUGUGGUUAGCUUCUUUAGAUUACAGCCUUGGUGUGAAAGGAAGCCUUGGAAACAUAGAAAAGAUAUUAUUGAGACAGCUGGUAGAAGACCAGUUUUGCUCUAUUGCUUUGAUAAAUUAGACAGGAGAAAUAAUAAAGGAGGCAAAAUCUUACCAAAUUAUGUUGCAUUGUACCAGAGUUGAGAAAUCCGUGUCCUCCUUAUCAAAUUGGUUUAAGUUUUAGAUUUGAACAAAUUCUUAAGAUCGGGCCCAUUCUUGGUCUUCUGAAUAUUUAACCCUAUAGUAACACCUGUUUCAUUGUUUGGCUACCAAUUGAUCAUGAAGGCAUUAAAGUUUUUGAAUUUAUGUGGAAUAAUAAAUGUUUGGCCUGACCAAACACUUCUGUGUUUAACUGCACCUAAUGAAUAAUUCUGUUAAAUUUUCUGCUUUUUCUUUAUAUCACCAUGUUCCUCUGUCUUUAUGCUUCUCAAAAGCUACCAAUUAGAAGUCACUUCCUAUGUGAUCCUAUGUAUCUUAUGUAGUGGUAUUUUCUCUUGUCUUUGAGUCCUUGUAUACAUAACACAAGAAUCCUGAGCAUGUCUGUGAGUUAAGUCACAGUAAUUUUAUCUGUACUUAUUCCCUUAUGUUAUUUUGUAUUGCUAAUAUAUAAAUGUCACAAAGUAUUUUUCACAUAAGUGAAACAAAACCAAUUGUUCUGUAUAGAAGGAGCACAGUGCCACACCUCUGAAAGUAACCCUGUAUAUAACACCAAAGAAUUUCUACAUUUUGAGAAAAGAGUUUAAUGGAAUUCACCCUUCAGAUUUAUUCUCUGACGUUUUAUAAUUUGCAGUUUGGUCCAAAUAGGGUCCCUAAGGUAGCUUAUAAUUACAUUAUAAUAAAAUUUUAAACUUUUUUUUUAAAUCAGCAGAAUUAAGAAAAUGAGAAUCUUAAAACAGAAUGUAAAGAUAACACAUUUAGGAUACAAUCCAGUGGCCAACAGAUGUUCCCCGUGCAGUCAUAGGAAACGAUGGAGUCCCUGCUGUAACCUCAAGGAAGCCUUCCAAGUGCCCCCACACCCUCUUGGCCAGCCCGGUUCUUUUCACACCAGCGGAGCCCCUGAACAUAGAAGAGCAUCUCUGGGAGGGGAGGGGCAAGCUAUUUAAAUAUGUUCAGAGCAAGGGAAGAACAGAUGCAAUUCCCACCUCAACUGGAUCCUGUAACACUCCAAGUUUAGAAGGCCACAGGCCACUACACAAAUUGCACCCAUAAAAUAGUAAGAAGUCAUAUGGAACAAAGGUGACUUAAUACUCUGCCUGAAAUGAAACAACGGAGGGGCCUAACUGGGCACAGGUGGGCUGGUGCACUUUGGCAAACACUCCCAUGGGAAGCUAGCCAUGCCCCUUUUGCUGACUCUGAUGCCAAAGAUGAAUAUCACAGUAGGACUGAGGGCCACCCAGAUGUUCAAAGUUCUGGGACACACCCAAGGAGGUGGAGGAGCUGAUAAUUCAAGGGCAGAAGUGGAGGUGGAUCAGGCAGACUCUGGAAACAGUAUGGAGAUACAGGAAGUGAGAGGGGCUGUUGAUGCUGGGGAAGCCUCAGGCAGAGAUUAGCCACUCCACACAGAGCUAUACUCCAUGGCUGAGCGGUAGCAGUGGUGAGAAGUCCAGCUGGUUGAAAAGCAUGCAGAAAAAAGGUGUGCUCACCGUCACCUCUCCCCAAGGGCUGGCUCACGAGCAAGCUCGUAAGGAGAAGUUUGGGAACUAAUAGCUAAGUUGGGUUCAAGAAACUGCUUUGGGUGUUGCUCAGAGACUUGACUGGAUGAUUUAUGUGGAGAAACAAUUAAGAGAGUUUUGCAGAGAAUGGCUUGAAGUUGGUGGUUGUUGGAGGGAGGAAAGCAACUAGUGGCAGGGCCAGCCUAACUUGCUCAGGAAAAGAGUUCCAAAGGUGAGGUACUGCUACAGAAUAUGGUAUGUCCCCACUGAAUUCACCUCUCUUGGGAAUGGUUAAAAGGAGAUCACCUUUCUACAAGUUCCUUUAUGACACUAAUGUCUGGCAUUUCCAUAGAAGUGGCAAUCUUCAUUCCAUGUGCUUCGUUUAUUCUAACGGAAAAUCUAAAACAGAAGCACAGAUAGUAAUCUUAACUUACAUUGAGUUUGCUAUUUCAGCAUUACAUAUUAGGUACAAUGGAGUGAAAGCAAAGUUCUAUAAUCAAGGCCCAUUGUGUUUCAGUGGAACUUGUGUAUAGCUGGGUUGAACAUACUGAGUUUGUGGGCAGUCACUUGGAGCAAUUUCUGUAUUUGGCAAUAAAACUAAGAUACAACACUUUUGAAUUGGCAGCAAGCAGGGCACCAGCAAACACUAUACCCCAUACACUAUGCCUGCACCCCCAGGGGGUAUGAGGUGGCAUUUCAGGGGGGUGCGACAAAGAGGAAGGCUGUGUUGUACUUCACCAAAAUUUAUGAGUUGCAACAUUUUUGCCAAAAAUUAUCCCAAUAAUAAAAUUAUUACUAUUUUGGA